AUGUUCGAUUUGGCGAAAUCAUUCCACCAACCACCACCACCACACACAUCUCGUUGUCGUCGUGGCAGGCCCUCUCCCAUCUCUUUCCUCCUGUUUGGUUCACUUCUCAUGUCGAUGAUGCUCUUCUGUAUUAUUCAUCAUCAUCUUCACGAUGUUGGUGGUGGUUGUAUUCAAGCUCAACCUUCUCUAUCUCUCUCUUCUUCCCACCCAACUAUGGAACGAGUUCCCCAACGAAAGAGACAACAAGCGGCCUCCAUCGCUUCAAGUCCAUCCUCCUCCAACUCGCCCAGAAGUAUUUCCAUUGCGGGAGGAAGUCUUGCCUCCUCUCAUGAAUUUCCCUUCAUGGCUUCCAUUCAGCAAGUCUUGUCGAGUACCUCGUCGUCGCAUUUCUGUGGUGGAUCAGUGAUUGCAGCGAACUUUAUUUUGACUGCAGCUCACUGUGUGUACGACAACAAUGGGAAUAUCCUUUCGCCUUCCACUGUGAGAGUCUUUGCUGGAAGCAGCAGUAGUUCUUGCACUAAUCUAGCAAGUUGUAAUUACAAGAAUGCACUCACCAUCAUUCCACAUCCAAAUUACAAUACCAAUACCUUAGAAAAUGAUAUUGCUCUCAUCCAACUCAAUGGAAAUUUAAAUAUUGAUGGAACCACCACGAGAUUGGCCUAUGUUGAAGGUGGUUCAAUUCCUCUGACAACAAAUUUUGCUGCCACUGUUGCUGGAUGGGGAUAUGUGGACUCUACAAAUACGGUUCAAACAAAUUUGAUGAAAGUGACAGUUCCUGUGGUACCUGCAAGUAUUUGUAAUGGAUCACCACUGUAUUUGGGAAUGAACUCACCCAUGCAAGUAUGUGCUGGAGAUGGAGCUGGACAUGAUGCUUGCCCAGGAGAUUCAGGAGGACCUCUUUUCCGUUCGUUAACCUCUUCCACAAACGAUUAUGUGGUUUUUGGAGUUGUGAGCUAUGGUCCUGAUGGUUGUGGCGCUGGUUUCUCCACCAAUCGAGGUGUUUACACCAAUACAACCUAUUUCCUUUCCUCUUUCAUCAAACAAUAUGUUCCUUCGGUAAAAAUCAGUUCCUAUUCAUCUGUCACACCAGUAGUCUCUUCUCCCAAACCCCAAUCCUCUUCUCCCAACAAUAAUUCAUCCUCUCCAGUUUCAAAUACUUCCACCAAACCAACAAGUUCAAAAGGAACCAAAGUUUCAAUGGCUCCAUCGAAUGUCCACAGUCAAUAUUGUGGAGUCUUCUUACUCACCAUUAUGAUUGUAUUUUCACUGUUAGUGUGA